AUGCUUCUAAAUAAUAGGCACAUACUCAGGAGUACAGGCAGAAGAUGUCUUGUGAACACAAUCAGCUUUAAUGGUCGUAGAAAUAAGACAAUUGGAUCUUAUCGGUUUUCAUCUACUCCAUCCAAAGGUUCGGGGUUGACAUCUGCAUCAGCAGUACAGACUAUGCAAGAACAACAGGAAAUUUUCUUAAAGAGUUAUAAGAUAAGAUCAUCAUUGGAACGUCUCAUUUAUCAUUAUGCCCAAAUUCCGUUGACAACCAUUAGUUUAGAUGGGCUCUGUGAACAAUCAAAGGAUUUAUCCUCAUCAUCUAUAUUACAAUAUGCGAGAGAUACGGUAGAAUCAUUACUAACAUAUAACGCUAGAAGAAUUAGGGAGUUUAGGAAUUUGCCGUAUUUAGUCGUUUUGAAUCCAUCUAUAUCAGAAUCGUAUAGUAUUUACUUAGAAACGAUGCAUUCCUUGAUAACCGCAUCUUUGAAUCUUCCCACUACGUUAGAGGAGAAUGAAAAGUUUUGUAACGAUGUGCUCAGUGUGUUUAUUGAUGCUCAUGCUGACACAUUGCCCAGCAUUUCAAAAGGAUUCGAUGAAGUCUCUAGAUUCUUGGGGGUGGAACAGAUAAAGCAGUUUUUGGAUCAACAUUUGAAAGAGAGGAUUUGUAUGAGACUUGUUGCACACCAGCAUAUAGAACUAUCCAAUACUUUGAGAGACUCUUCAAAUUUUGCCGAAGGCAGUAAGUAUAAUGGGGUUAUUAAACAGUUAGAUAUUCCCACUGUGAUCAAUAAGAGUGCAGAAUUGGUGAAUGAUAUUUGCUUGAUGAAAUACGACCAAUCUGUGAAGCUUGAAAUCGAUACAAACCUAUACCCACCCAACUAUUGGAGUGGUAAGUCUCCUGAAUUGGAUCCAAAAUCAAACACAGAUAACUACAUUUUCCCAUACAUUGAGUAUCAUCUCGAUUAUAUUCUAAUGGAAUUGUUUAAAAACUCUUUCAGAGCCCACAUAGAGAACAAUGUGCUUGAUCCUGUCAGAGUAACAAUUUCAAUCUCGAAGGAUCCCGCGUAUCUUGAGUUACGUAUACGUGAUAAAGGUAAAGGGAUCAGACCUGCUACCUUAGACCAUAUGUUCGAUUAUUCGUUUUCGACAUAUGAAUCUAAUGAAGGAGAGAGUUUUAAGACUUUAAAUGUACCACCAGGAUUGGGCGGUAAUACCAUAGCUGGUAUUGGUUACGGUUUACCUUUACUGAAGAACUAUGUUGAAAUAUUUAAUGACACGUUAUCACCUAACACCGAUGGUGAGGUCAAAACUAAGGGUCUGUUAACUGUACAGAGUUACUACGGAUGGGGUACUGACGUCUAUCUCAAAAUUGUAGGUUCUUAG